CACGACUGAUACUCCUGCAAAUGGAAGCUAACAAAGUGGCAUACGGAUGGAAUGGAUCACGUCUGUCAUUAAUCAACUGGAUGGCUACCUGUGAGCCAGACUCUACCAUGAGCUGUCGAUACCCGGACUUCCAAGCUAAAUCUAAGCCAUGAUAGAAAGCCCAUAGCUCCGCCAAGGCCGCAGAGGCUUCCCCAAUCUUAGCCACGAAACCAUUAAGCUAGACACCAGAUUCAUCUCUUAUAACGCCACCCGCGCCGGCAAACUCGGAUUUCCAUUGAAAGCGCCAUCAAUAUUCAGCUUCACCCAUCCUCCCGUCGGCGGAGUCCAAGCGAUGUUUGUCACGACCCUGGCCAUCGGGGCCUUCCUCAAGUUUGGCCACAAGGAGGGAGCACGCUAGGCUUCACACCAGCGUCUAGCUUUGGCGAUAAUGGAAUGAGCCAAGGAAGGCGGACUGAGCGUGUGAGAGGCCCCUUUGAAGCAACUAUCAUUUCUGCUUUUCCAUAUCAGCCAGACCGCAAUUCUAAAUAAGGUAGCCCACUCAAUGCCCAAAUCACCGCUGUCCGUUUCCUCUAGGUUCAUUCGAAACCAGUCUGCUGCAGUCGCCAAAAAGAAUCUGUGUUGUCUGUUGUUGGGGACAUACCUAGUACAGGAAAAAGCCGCCGGAGGACAAUUCGCAGAAGGUGAGUGAUCGACUCCACUUGCCCACUGCAUCUGAUACAGUUGGGAGAAGGGGCUAUUUCCCUGGAAAAUCGGAGUGCAUUCGUCGCAAUCUUCCCAAGACAAGCUAACCACAUAAAGCAACGUACUCGCUCAGGAACUGGAAGACUCCAUAUGAUCCUCCAAAACUUGGCAUCUCUAUCGGUAUCCGGCGGCAGCAAGGCUUGGUAUGCCGUCUUCAUGGAAAAGCGUCCAUCAGAGGAUCUCACCCAAAACAGAGUGUCCACCUCAGAAGAUAGCUUGUCCACCGCAACCCCCGUAAUUUUGUGUUGAAUCUCCUAGGGAAGGAGGUCUCCAAAAUGGUUCGUCCGCCACACCCCUUCAUCCAUCAUCAGAUCCGCCACCACCUCGUUUGCCCGGGAGUUGGGAAUCUCCUCCAGAACAAAAUUACUGAGGGGUUCUUGCAAAAUCCCAAAAUUUAGUAGUAUUCCCAUUCUUAAUGUUCCAAGCACAACCUCUUUUCAGCAAAGGAGAGGCUUUAGUGAAGCUUUUCCAGGUAAAGGAACUUCCCUGAGUAGGUUGAAAGAGAUCCAGAUUCUCCUUGUUCCGACUGUACUUCACUCUGAUUACUUGAGUCCAACGCAUCUCAUUGUAUCCAAGAAAGAAGAUGCAUAAAUCAUCAAUAGAAUUCACAUCCUUAACAACGAGUUUGAACUAGCAAUGCAUGAGAUAGAAGGAUGGUACCACCAUCGAUGACGAAGGAUCUUCUUAGUUGCACCCUCAUAUGAAUGUUAUUUUGGCCUCCCUCGAGUUGAGUGGCUCAUUGUUUGAGUUACAGAGUAAUUUAAGUAAAGUUUUGCAGUCUCUUUUGUCCUGUAGUCUAACCCUUUAUUUAUAUUAGAAGGAAGAAGGGGGUUUAAGGCAUUUUCCUCCUUCAACUCGGCCAAAGUUCUCAUGAUACCCCUAGGAUUUAGAUUUUCUUGACUUGGGUACGAAGAAAAGAAUAUUCCUGAAGCUUUCUUGGGUUUGGAAUUGAGGCGGUCGAGCAGCGGUCAGGGUUGUCGUGGUUCUUCCUUAUGAUUUGGGUUGUUUGGUCCACAGGUAACCCCCAUGGAUUUUCAGUGCGACUUGUUGUGUUUGGCUCGACGGAGGUUGGCACCAUCACAUGGCCUCCGUAAGUUACUUUGUUGGCUUGGGCUGAAAUUCCUCCAAUAGACUCAUCUUGGGACCAUAUGACGACUUCAUAAAGACUUCCCCUCUAUUGGGUUUCGUUUAAUGGAUAAAUCAUCCUUGAUCUUCUAGUAAAUAUCCCUUUUGAUCCUCCAACUUGAUCCAGUUGUUGAUCCAAAUCACUGUAGAUGAGAUUGUAUUUGACCUUAAAAAGCACAAAAUAAUACCAACACACAACCUAGGUCUAUUAUAAGCACAAUGAUCAAAUAGUUAUGAAUUCAUACUAAAUAUAGUAAGAUGUGCUAAUGAUCAGUAGAUAUUGUCCAGAUUGUCUUUAUGAGAAAUGCACCUCAUUGAUGUAGUCUAGUUCUAUAAGUGUGAGGGUUGACCUUCGUAAAAUGCUUAUGAUUGACUACCUACGGUCGAAAGUCACGUGUCAUUGUAUAGGUCUAGUGAAAUGUACGAUUAUGAGUGAUGUUUGCUUGGGGACAAGCAAAGUUCAAGUGUGGGGUUAUUUAAUGACACAUAGAAAGUACAAUUUUAGGAUCACUUCUACUAUGCUAUAUAGUAUUGGUGCUUUAAUGUACAACUUGAAGUUGUACCAUAACAUUAAAUGUAUAAGUUUAGGUUGUACCAUAAAGGAAUUUGUAUCAUUAUGUUAUGGUACAACUUUACAACUUGAAGUUAUACCAUCACAUAAGGUACAAGUUUAAGUUGUACCAUAAAAGAAUUUGUACAAAAAGUAUAGGUACAAUAUGAAGUUGUACCAUAACAUUAAAGGUACAAUUUCAAGUUGUACCAUAAAGGUAAAAACAUAUAGCACCAAUGCUAUAUAGCAUUGUAAAAUUCCUCCUAUUUUAGACCCCUUUAUUAUGGCUAGAAUUUUCAUGAUUUACUUAUAUUUAUUGCCAUAAUAACUUGUAUUUGCUUUAUAAUCACUCAAGAGGUCUUUUAGUAGCUCUAGGAUCACUUUUCCUAUUUUGAUGCACUUUUGGUAGUGUUUCGUGUGCUUUCAGGUUAUAACAUCCUAGUGGACCACCUUGUACGAGUAGAGGAAGGCUCGUCUGCUGGGAGUUAGAAUGCGAGAUUGGAUCAAGCCCAUUGAAAAUAGUCGACCACAACCUAUAUGAACAUCAAGGCCUUGAUCGUAGUUUUAAAGGGUCUCUGGAUUGAGCCCAGAUUCUCAAGGAAUAUAUAAAAAAUGGCGGCCAAUCUAAAAAGACCCAAAUGAACUCGAAAAAUGUGUCUAGGCCGACUUUUCCUCCCAUAAAAAAUUAUGUAGAAGCCUAUAAAUAAAACCCUAAUGGGUAGAAGUUUGGCAGCUAGUGAGAGGAGGCUUUAGAGGGUCGUUACUCUACCGACAUAGUGAUUCUCCCAAUUUAGAAUGAAGCCAAACGCAGAGGGGAAAUCAGUGUUAGAUUUGACUGACCAGCCGCAUAUUCUCUAUUCUGGUUGGUGAUUUAGAGGGCUUUCUAGGGAUCUCAUUUCGACUUAUGUUCCCAUAGAAACCCAUGCCCAUGGUUGGCUAGUUCCUUUGUGUAGGUUUUUGAAACCUAGAGGUUAUUUGGCUAUGCAACUCUUUGAUUUUGGUAUAUAUAUGAGAUUUUAUUCAUUUUUAUUCUAUGUUUGAUUUCAUUGCGAUUUUGGAUUGAUUGUGAGCUUAGUCGAAGUUACACAUCCCUUUGUGAUGUGUACUUCAAAAUCUGAGUUUGUGUUGGGUGAGAUCGGACACGACCAUCCUACAUGAUUGAUCAUCGAUUGAUGGACUGUACGACACCUCAAAGGAGAAACCCAAAGGGUUCUUGUUUCCUACUAAAUCGGGUAAAUCUCGAGACACAAGGUAUGAAUAGAUCUGACAUGGAUCAAACAGCUCAUAUGCUUCUAGGAUAAAAGAUUGCGAGUAAAAGGAACUCUAGUGGGAUCUUGCCUAUGCAACGCCUCAACCUUCCGAUUACUAUUAGCAUUAAGUCAGGGCAUAUGUGGACCUUUUUUUGGACCCAUGAUGAUCAGGAUGCAUAACACACUGAGGAGAAUUUCUUGUUCGGUUUCGUUGUUUGUCUUGAGGUUGUUGAACCAAAUUGAAAACUCAUGUACAACACCUUUGGGGGUUUCAAUUACUAUGCCUACUUUCGCUCCUCCUUUUCCAGCAAGCCCAUCCAUGAUAAUCUCCAUGCUUCAUCUUUGUUGGUUUUGGAAGCUUCUUAUAAGGUGAAUCCUUUCGCCACAAGGUCUACUAGGACUUGACCUUUUAUUGCGGGGCGGGUAACACAGUAAAUGUCAUGCUCUCUAAGCUCUAAGAUCCACUUAGUCAUUAUUUCCAGAGGAAUGUGUGCCCCCGCAUGAUAGGUUUUAGAGGGAGGUUGGAUAACACUAUCACUUGGUCUCCUUGAAAGUAGGGGCGAAGUUUUCAAGCGGCAGUGACUAUAGCUAAGACCACUUUCUCCACUAGCAUGUACCAUGUUUUUGCUAGGAGAAGUGCCUUGCUAACCUAACACACCGAUUGAUCGAGACCAUUAGGAGCAUACUUUUUGACUAGCACAGAACUGACUUCUUGAAGAGAGACUACUAGGUAAAGGAAUAAAUGCUAUAUGUGUACAAAAGGACUAAGGAUGGCCUGAUGGGGGCAUUAUAAGCUGAUCUUUCAAUUGAUUGAAGGUCGCACUUCAUUUUUUUCCACUUGAAUCGGGAGGCAGAUUUUUGGAGCACUUAAAAGAAAGGGGAACAUUUUUAUAUCAAAUUAUACAAUGUUUCCUCAUGGUUCGCUAAGUUAUCGUCAACCUUUUUGCUUUUGACCAGUACAUCAUCGACAUAGGCUUCUACGUUUCUCCCAAGCUGGUCUAUGAAAACUGCAUCCACCAUCCUCUUAUAUGUGACACCCACGUUCUUCAGGCUGAAAGGAAUCACCGUGUAGUAGUAAUUUCCCAUCAAGGUUAUGAAGGCAUUUUCUCUUUAUCCUUUUUGGAGACAAGCAUAUAUGAUGGUACAUAGAGAAAAUGUCCAAAAAACUUAGAGUUUCGUGGUUGCUCGUGGCGUCGAUAAGUUGAUCUAUACUUAGAAACAAAUACACAUCUUUCAGGCAAACAUUGGUGAGACAAGUGAAAUCAAUGCACAUUCUCCGCGACUUGGUGCUUUUGUGAACAAAUACUAGGUUCGUCACCCAAGGGGGGUACCAAACCUCUUUGAUGAACCCUGCCUUUGAGAGGCGUUUAACUUCUUCCUCCAUGUCCAUUUGCUUUUCAAAUGAGAUGUUCUUCUCUUUUUCGAUAUAGGCUUCGUGCCCAACUUUAGUGAGAGCUCGUGCUCAGCCAAAUCUUUCGGGACUCUCGAUAUCUGUUCCGGUCCCAAGAUAACAAGUCUUCAUACUUCCUAAGGAAUUCGAGAAGCUCGUGCGCUUGGUUUUCAGGGAGGUGUGACGAUAUGCAUUAAUGACUCGGUAUUUGCACAUGUUUUCCCCUUUGUUUCUUGAUUGUUUGAGCUUGAAUUAUCGUGUCUUUGUCCUAUUUUACGCUAGGUUGUGUUCAUUUGUCACAUUUCAGGUCCUAGAACAUAAAGUGAAGCAUAGGCGCAAGUUUCAAGUCAAUCAGAGAUCAAUUGACGAUUCGGGAGAAGAAACUCGGGUAUGACCUGAAGAAGAAUGGAUUUCUACCUCACUUUAUGGACAAAAAAUCAUGCAAGCUUGUCAUGAAAAUAAAGAGGACGAGACUAAGAGCGUCUAGGAUCAAACGGCAACUGAUUCGGAGUCCGGACGAGGGAGAAACGAAGCAUUAAACAGAGGCUGAGCAAGCCACACGGGCACAACCCACACGGCCGUGUAACCUGGCCAUGUGGCCGUGUGGAAAUCACCGAGCCUUCACACGGGCAGCUGAGAAUGCCACACGGCCGUGUGGCCUGGCCGUGUGAGUCGGGAAUUGCUGUUUAAAACCCGAUUUUCAGCAAAAGGAAAGGGGGAGAGCUGGGUUUUGGAUCCCAAACACCCAAGGGACGAACCCUAGAGAGAGAGAGCGACUUGGGAACAUUCUUGGAGCUAUUUUGGAGGAUUUCUUCGCCAUUGGAGCUCGGGAAUCAAGCUUGGAGAUGGAGAUUGAAGAUCUAGAUCAGAUUUCUGCAGUCUCUCUCUUCUCUAUGGAGUAACUUCCCUUCACUUAGGUUUUGAGAAACCCUAGUUCCAUGUGUUAGGAUCUUUCUUGUAUGAAGUUUUGGAUGCUAUAUUGUUUGAUUAUAAUCGAAUGAUGCAUGUUUAUUGAGUCAAUUGAAGUUUGAUCAACUUUUCUUGAUUCCUGCUGCAAUCUGAGAUAGAUAGAAUCUGAUUAGGUUGCUAGAGUCUCAUCAUUCAGUAGUAGGAGAUUGGCUAUACGAGAGUUAGCCAGUUUACUGCUUUGUACUGGAAUCCAAUUUUAGUAGUGGAGUUCUGUGCUUAUUGCUUCAGCUUUCUAUCCCGGUGAAGACUAGUCGUCUGACGGAUAGUUAGACUGAGAGGGCUUGGUCAGCUUAAGAGAUUCCAAGCUACUGUCGGAUCUUCCGCAGUUUAAUCAACAGUAAAUCAACCAAAAGGAAUUACAACUUGGACCUAAUUGAGGAGCUAGGGGGAAUCAUACCUAAGUGAGUUCCCAAACUGUAAUUAGUAGUUUUACUUAGUUUAGUUAGUAGAGUAGUUUAGUUAAUCAAUCCUUAAUCUAGUUUGCUAGAUAAUGAACUGAAGCUGAGUAAUAGUAACUCUAGAGACCCGUGGAUUCGAUAUUUAUUACUUGUGCCACUAUACUGCAGUCCCUUUCAUUGGUUACACUUGGCCAUUGUUAGGUGUUGUGUUUUAGCGUGUCAAGUUUUUGGCGCCGUUGCCGGGGACUUUCUAGAGUAUUAGGAAAGGCAGAAGUUUGUUACUUUAGCGUUUUUCUUUUCUUUUCUUUUCCACCCUUGCUUUUCACUUGGGUGUUUUUGUUUCUGUUGGUGCAGAUUUGAAUCAUGGAUCCUCAUGGCUUCUCCAACAAUUGGGGGUAUCCACCACCAUCCGAGUGGUAUUACCCCGAGACCCCCUGGAGCAAUCAAAGAGGAGAAGACUAUGGAUUCGGGUUCCAGUACCAACCCCCUUACUACGGAGAACAACUAGACCCCUGGGCAUCUCAAGAACAACCUCAUUACCAAGAAGACUUUCUCCCACAACCAGAAGGGCCAUCGGAGCUGGAGUUACCCAUGGCGGCCUUCACGGGCCACUCUGCAGAGCCAUGCUACACUUUACUGGAGGAUCCGAACGAACAAUUAAGGCUUCUCGUGGAGCAAUUUGCUCGAGACACUGAGAAAUCAUGCUCCAAGAUGGAUCUUCAAAUCAAAGCCCUUGCCACUUCUGAUCCCUCAUUUCUCCAUGAUAUGGAGGAGACUGUUCAGCGCUCAGCGAAGCAAACAGAGUGGGUGGAGCAAGUUUGCUCACAUCUUUCUCAAGAUCACCUUUCUGCUACCACGCUAGAAGAGGUGAAGGAUGACAAAGGCUACGGGGAUGUUGAGGAUCAUACAGAAGUUAUCACAGAGAACUCCCAUGAUAACCAUGAUCAGGAAAGUCCUUUGGUUGCAGACCACACCUUUCCUCAUUUAUGCUCUAACAUGCUGGGCCCAUGCGAGGAGAUGCAAGAUGAUCCCAUUGAAGAAAUUGCUUGGCGACUUGCUCUCCAAUCUGUUCUAGAAGAAGAAGAGCGAGCAAGGAUGAGGAAGGAAGUUGUGGAUGAUGAGGAAGAAAGAAAAGAAGAGGUGGUUCUUGAUCUUUUCCCAGGGGAGAGAGCACAUUUUGAAGAAGGAAGGGGGGUUGAGGAAGCAAUUGGCGUCCAGGCUGAGGAUGAAGUUGAGGUGGAAGAGGCAUGCACCGGCCAUGAGUUGCAAGUAAUAUCCCCACCAAACUUUGAGGAACUGCUUGGCAAGGACCCAUUUGCAGUGUCUCUUUGCCAGACCAAGGCCACAUCGACAUCGGUCUCUCUUGGUGGACGCGAUGGUGGUCGGUCGAUGCUGUCAUAUCUGGUUUGGGGCAAUGAGCCGAGAGAAGAGAAGAAGAGGUCUCGAGGGUGGAGACUUCAUCUGCAUCAAGUACAUGAGCCUUCAUCACCUGCCACACCACAUGCUCGUGACUUGAGACUCGACCUCAUCGACGAGAACCUCAACUUCAAGGAGGUUCUAGCAUGGACCGAAACUUAGGAGCCAUCGUCCGGCUCACGACGUGAAAGAAGCGCUUGUUGGGAGGCAACCCAACUAGUCGGUUUGCAUUUCUUUCUCUAUUUCUCCUCGGUUGAAUCAGUUUUGUUAUUUGAUUUUAGAGUCAAUAACUCAACCUUUGUGAGAUUUUGUGUGGUGUUUGUGUUCUGAUUACUCUCUCUUCCUGGAAUGCACUGCCUGACCCGUACAUCAUCAUUCACCCUUGAUCUGGUAACUUCGUUCUACCCUCCUUAUCUUUCCUCCAUUGAGGACAAUGUCGUGCUUAAGUGUGUGUGUGGGGGGGGGGGGUGUUCGAUUAUGUAUGCGGGUGACUGUUUGGCUGUUUGUGUGCUUGGAGCCUAGUCCACUGUCCAAAUUUUUAAAUUUGAGGGCUCCAAGUACGUGUUUCCUUGCAAAUUGCCUGCUCAGUAUGCUUUGAAUUGACAGUCUCUAUAGUAAUGUGCAACCUAGGGAGGUAGUGUAGCACUAUGGAGGAUGUUGAAGUAUAAGAUUUUUCCUAUCUAGCUCUCUGUUGUGCCAGUUGAUUUUGUGAAUUAGUGGAGCUAAGACCGUUGAAUUCAUGUGGUAAUGGUGACUCUGUUUGGAUUAUGUUAUGGACUCGUGUAUCGAACAGGGUGCUCAUAUGGAAAAUGAGAAGCAGUUGGUCCUCCAUGUCAAAAUCAUUAAAUCUUAAACAUGGGG